AAUGCAUGGAAGAUUGGUGGUGUGGAGCCUAUAUAUUUUUCUUUCUGAUCUACAGAUUUAUUCUUCCCUUCCAUAGCGGAAGAUUUUUCUCCAGGAGCAUGGAGAUAGAGGUGGAAGGUGGUGAUGGUGGUGGUGGUAGCGGAGGAGGAGAUGUGGGGGUGGUGGCUCACUUGGUUUGGGAAGAUUUGACAGUGGUGGUGCCAAGUUUUGGGAGUGGAGCCACCAGGAGGGUGCUGCAAGGGCUUAGUGGGUAUGCUGAGCCUGGUAGGCUCAUGGCUGUUAUGGGUCCCUCUGGCUCCGGAAAAUCCACUCUUCUUGAUUCAUUAGCUGGUAGACUAUCAAGAAAUGUGAUUUUGUCUGGAAAUGUUGUUCUCAAUGGAAAGAAGAGGAGCCUCGAUCAUGGUGGAGUUGCUUAUGUGACCCAAGAAGACGUACUUUUGGGAACUUUGACAGUUAAAGAAACCAUGACUUAUUCAGCCCAACUGAGACUUCCAACUACCAUGACCAAACAAAAGGUCAAUAGCAUUGUAGAGGAAACAAUCACGGAAAUGGGACUAGAACAUUGUGCUGAUCAGCUCAUCGGAAACUGGCAUUUAAGAGGCAUAAGCAGUGGAGAAAAGAAGAGACUGAGUAUUGCCCUAGAGAUCCUAACACAACCCCAUCUCUUGUUGCUGGAUGAGCCUACUAGUGGCCUUGAUAAUGCUUCAGCCUUCUUCAUAACUCAAACUCUUAAAAACGCCGCUUUCAAUGGAAGAACUGUGAUUUCUUCCAUUCAUCAGCCGAGCAGUGAAGUGUUUGCACUUUUAGAUGACCUUCUUUUAUUGUCCAAUGGCGAAACCGUGUACUUUGGAGAGGCAAAGAUGGCUUUACAGUUCUUUGCCGAGGCGGGAUUUCCAUGUCCAAGUAGAAGAAAUCCGUCUGAUCACUUUCUUCACUGCACCAAUUCAAGCUUUGACACGGUCAGGAGCACGUUAAUUAGGUCCCAUAGAAUGCAUGAACCCGAACAGUCAUCGGAUUCUUUGAUGAAUUUGGGAGCAGUAGAGAUCAAAGCAACACUUAUUGAGAAAUACAAUUGCUCAAAGUAUGCAACCAAAACAAGAUCCAGGAUUCGAGAAAUCUCCAACACUCAUGAACUUGUGACUGAAAGAAAAGGACGAAGCAAGGCAAGAUGGUGGGUGCAACUUUUAACACUUGUGCGAAGGUCUUUUGUAAACAUGUCAAGAGACUGGGGAUAUUACCGGAUGAGGGUAUUAGCCUACAUUCUUCUAUCUCUAUCCGUGGGUACCGUCUUUUAUGAUAUUGGCACCACUACAAGCUUUAUUGCACUCUUGGCUCGUGUAAAUUGCGGCGGUUAUGUAAUGGGUUUGUUGACAUUCCUAUCAAUUGGAGGCUUCCCCUCCUUCAUCGAGGAAGUUAAGGUUUUUAGUCAUGAAAGGACCAAAGGGCAUUAUGGAAAUGCUGUAUUUGUUUUAUCCAACUUCCUAUCUUCAUUCCCCUUCUUGGUUGGAAUCUCAGUUUCUUCCAUAACUAUUAUUUUUUACAUGGGAAAAAUUGGGUCUGAUUUCUCACAUUAUGCCUACUUAUGCCUAGUUCUAUUUGGCUGCAUUGCUGCAGUAGAAAGCAGUAUGAUGCUUGUUGCUUCUUUGGUUCCCAACUACAAGAUGGGAAUCCUAGUCGGCUGUGGAUUUAUUGGCGUUAUGAUGCUGGCCUCCGGGUACUACAGAAAACAAGAUGAUAUGCCCAAACCUUUCUUGCGCUACCCCAUUUCAUAUAUCAGUUUCAUGGCUUGGACAUUUAAGGGAUUAUACAAGAGUCUUCUGAUGGGGCUUGAGUUCGAUCCUCUUAUACCUGGUAAUCCAAAAUUGAAGGGGGAGUUCUUAUUGAGAACCAUGCUUGGAAUUUCAUUAAGUCAUUCAAAAUGGUGGGACUUAGCUGCUGUUCUAGCCAUUGCCGUAUCAUACCGACUUCUCUUCCUUGCUGUUCUGAAGCUCAAGGAGCAAGGUUCACCACUGCUUUUGACACUUUACACCAACAAAAUUCUGCAACUUCUCCGUAAGAGACAGAAGCCAUGUUUGUCUUCCGAAAGGCACCAUCCUUCCUAUUCACUGUCCUCACAAGAGGGCUUUAGCUCUCCAAUAGUCUAGAGCCAGCAAGAGAUCAACCAUAUAUUGAAUCACAAAUUACAUGUAUUACAUAUUUUAUGGAAGCUAAUAAUUAACGGACACCAUCUCAA